AUGUCCUAUAUAAAACAGUUUCAGUCAACAGGAACAACAAACCUUAAUCAAAUUCUAGCUGCAGAAGCUCGUCUUGGUCGUCUUCAUCGUUUAUUUAAGACACAUUUCAAUGUUACUGAGCCAUCGCUCAUACUUGAACCAUAUUUAUUUCUUGGUAAUUGUAUUUCAGCACAUGAUACAAAUCGUUUAACAAAAUUAGGUAUUCGCUAUAUACUUAAUGUUGCUAUACGUGAUGUUGAAGUAUGUCCUUAUUAUACAAGUGAUGUACGUACAUUAACAAUUGAUCUUCGUGAUGAUGAUCGAGAAAAUAUAUUACGGGCAUUUGACCAAGCAUUUGCGUUUAUUGAUGAAGCGCGACGAGCUAAAUCUCGUGUACUUGUUCAUUGUAGUCAUGGACAAAGUCGAUCACCUGCUAUUGUUCUUGGUUAUCUUAUGCGCACAUAUAACGUUUCACUUGAACAGUGUCUAAUUCAUGUUGUUAAAGCUCGUCCAUGUGUUUUACCUAAUGAUGGUUUUCUAAAGCAAUUGAUUCUUUAUGAUCGUUUUCUUGUUGAUCGACGUCGACAAAGAGAUGAAGCAGUUGCUAGAAACGCUGUCAAUGUUGUCAAUAUUACACCACCACCAAUAAUAACGACAACAAUAACAACUGAAAUUCCAAUUCCAAUUCAACAAAAACCAGCCAAUGCACCUCCAUUAACAGCUCCAAUAAUUUUAGCUCCACCACAAUAUCCAACUGUUGAACCAUCGAAACCACCGAGUAUGUCAUCAAUUGAUUCAUCAAGUUUAGGAAAAACAUCAAGUCUUCGAUCAUCAACAAGUGCUGAUUCAAUACAUGUCGUUCCGAUUCAAGUUCAAUCAAAAGCACUGCAUCUAGAACAGAUUGAACCAGUUCGAAUUAAACAAAGCCCGGUUAGACAAAUCAUAUCUGCUGUUAAAGAAACACCAAAUAACAUCAAUCAAUUAAGAGAAAAAGUACCUAUCAUAGAUUUGAUUAUGGAAUCGAACGAUAUACAUCAUGUUGAAAUAUCGAAGAAACGGCAAAGUGUUUUAAUAUCAAAUAUUGUGAAACGAUCUUCUUCUGAAGCACCAAGAUCUCAUCCAGCUCAUCUUGGUCGUACACAAGUUACUUAUUUUGAUCAAGUUCCAUAUUCCCAGACGAUUGAAGAAUGGGAUGUCAUCACUCAUUAUCCUGCAAAUUAUCGUACAUCAAACGAACAACCUCAAGGAAAAUACAUAACAGAAAUUUAUGACAAAGCAACAAAACGCUUUAUUCCAGCAACAUGUUAG